UAGCUCAGCUGCUCACACGCCCAGUGAUCACUUUGUUUGCUCGGGUCAGCCAUCGCUGUUCCAAUUCUGUGGUCAGAGGAGGCAGCAACACAUUCAUUUGAAAGAUGUCGAGGUACCACAAGGCAGCGAUCGAUGGUAACUUGGACCUCUUGAAGGAGGCAACAAGGAAGCACCUGAACACCGCAGAUGAUGAUGGGAUGACUCCCACCCUACUGGCUGCUUUUCAUGGACACGUCAACGCUCUUCAGCUCAUAUGCAGCAGAGAAGGAGAUCCCAACAAGAGUGACAUCUGGGGGAACACGCCCCUGCACCAUGCAGCAGCUAACGGCCACAUGCACAUUAUCAGUUUUCUGGUUAAUUUUGGAGCCAAUCUCUUUUCUCAGGACAAUGAAUACCACACAGCAAUGGAUGUCGCUGCAUCUCGUGGCCACAUGGAGUGUGUGCGCUUUCUGGAUGAUGCUGCUGCACAGCAAACCAACCAAAAUCCCAAAAGAGUGGCAAAUCUGAAGAAGGAGGCUCAGAAAGAGGCGGAAAAGAGAGUGAAAGUCUGCGAGAAGGUGAAAAAACAACACCAGAGCAGGAUGGAUAAACUGCAGCGUGGCUCGGUUUCUGAGGCGAGCAUGGGAUCCACGUUCUCAAGUGGAGAGUCUAUGAUCGCAGUCAACGAGCAGUACUCCAAACUUAUUGCUUCAGAGAAAACGGGCUCUUUUACUGCCAGGGUAAAAGGAACACUCCAGAAGAGGCUGGGGAUGAAAGACAAAGGCACUCUUCAACAAACAGGAAGUGGGAAUGUCAUCUUUAGACAACAAGAGAAUGAAACUUCGGAUAAACCAGACUUUCUGAAUGUCUUCAGUGAGGAGGAGGAGGAGAGGGAGCUAGAAGGAAGAGAGACUGCAGAGUAUGAUGAUGAUGGCUUUGAAGAACCAGGCCACGGUAACCAGUCUAUCUUCAAUCGCCCGGGCCUUGGAGGUCUGAUUUUCAUGUCGAAGAUGAACGUGGAGUCCGAGGACAUUCCUCGUGACUACGAAAGUCUUGAUUACUUUGUUCAGAACCAACUGCUUGGGGCUCAGGAAGACGCCAAUGGCUUUGACGACCCAGGUGACACUGACCUUCCUUGGGAUCAGGAGGAUCUGGGAUUGGAUGAUGAUGAUGUAGAUGAAGAAAGCUCUCCUUUGGAAGUGUUUUUGUCCUCCAUCUCCUUGCCAGAGUUUGCUCCUGCUUUCAACAGAGAGCACUUGGACUUGGAGGCACUCAUGCUUUGCUCUGAUGAAGACCUGAAAGGCAUUCGUAUCCAAUUGGGACCCAGGAAGAAGAUUUUGGAGGCAGUUGCUCGCAGAACAAAGGCACUAGAAAACCCUGGAGUCAUGAAGAAAAGCUCCUUGUGAUCAAUCACAUGCAGAUGUUUAAAAUCCUGGUAGUAGUCUGUCUCCUUUCAGAAGAAAUCCAACAGCACCAACUUGAUUUGUAAAGCAACAACUCUUUCCAGAAGAAUGAUCACAUUAAUAAAUUUGUUUAACAAUGUUGUCUUUUCAUCUACAUUACUUUUGUUUGAAAUAAGUUUCUGAUUCAGUUCAGAUUCAUAAAUAAUUUGAUCUGAAACACAAGUGUGUGCAUUCAGAGGAUGCUAUGGGUUUUUGUGAUUAUUCGUUACUAUAAAUGGUGAAAGAGAAUCAGGUGAAUGAGUCCAGCUGUCAUUUGGAUGAUUACAUCAGCAUGACAAAUAAACAUUUAUGCAUUAUAACCACGUUUUUCUCCAAAGUAAAAAUAAUUAUGUAAAAGUAAAAUCUCUUGUGCUAUUUUAAUAUGUAACAAAUGAACUAAUUGAUUUUUCAAAAUAAAACAUCAUUAUCAAGA